AUGACACAAUCUGCCGCACAGAGAGCUCUCAGAGUCCAAGAAAUUCUUGAACAAGUGCUCAUUUAUGUGGCAAUGUUACACAAGGCGACAUCGGAGCCUCCGCCUAGCUCUAUCCCAGGCUGGGAUAUGUAUGACAGCGACUGGGCUGCCUGCUACUCUGGACCGAUCUCAUGUUCUCACAAACUCCAAAAUGCGCCCGUGUGGCCGCUAUUUGUGCUUCAGCGUGUGAAUCAUGGCUUCAUGGUCACCAUCAACGACUCAUUUCACCUUCGACGUAUGAUGCGCAUCCUUCCAACCCAGGCCCGCGAAUCUGAAUGCGCUCCACUCCUUAUMAUGCAGAAGGCAUUCGCUCCGAGGAAGAUCUCCACCUGUUCGCAAUCAGGAGAAAUCAGCCYGUUGGACUGCGACAAUGACAUUAGCUGGACACCACGGGAGAGCCUUUUCACCGUCAAGCUGCCGCUCAACCCAUCCGCAGUAAUGAAAGGCUCUUGGGGUAAUAUCAGGAUCUGUAGCAGCGAUAGGAACAUCACCCUGCAUGUGUUCAUUGACGCCGGCCUUUGGGCUGGCAUUCACUAUUCAGAAGACUGGCUUUUCGACGGCAACGCGACGCUGGACGACUUCCAUGCAAGGUGGCUGAAGGUAGGCUCACGAUCGGCUGAAGAGCAUGCGGUUGCUGACGAGACGGAAAAUGUCAAGGAGUGGCAGCCUCGCUCACCUCGUGUCGGGUGA